UUGAAAUAUACUCAAAUUCCAUAAAACACCACUGGAAUGCGUUGACCUUACACUUGAGUUUCUCUAUUGGUUUUGUUUUAAUAGUUGCUGCAACACAAAACACGGUUUAUUAUAACACAACACAAACACGUAAAACAAUAUGAAGACAAUGCAUUUGAUUGCACCUCCCGCAACCUCCGAUAAGUUGGAAAAUGUUUCCGAGACUGAGUUCGUUAGUUUCAAUGAAGAAGAGGAGGAAUGUGCCCACUGGCCUUUGGCGGUUCAAUUGUCCAGAACCACUAUGCAGCUGAUCGAUUACAAGAUGUUCAUUGCGGCUCGUCGCAUCCAAUCCUUUUGGCGUGGCCACCGCGUCCGAAAGCUGAUCCACCAGCGCUGGAAGGCGGCAGUUACCAUCCAGCGCUGGUGGCGUGGCUUUCGGGUUCGGAGGACACUGUGGAAACACCUGGAGCAGCGACUGCAGGACACGGUCCUCGGGCAUUUUCACCGGGCGGCCGUCCGCAUCCAGGCUCUGUUUCGUGGGUGGCGGGCCAGGAGGACCAUCCACGAUGUGCAAAACCUGCGCCGCAUGCAAGCCACAGCCGCCGAGGACCUGGUCAACUGCGUGAUCCUCCAGCUGCACCACAUUAAGAAAACCGAAUCCUUGCCAGGACUCUUUUCACUGCGGGACUCAGUCAUCCUCUCCAGGGUCGACAAACUGAUUACCACCAUGAUGUUUCGCUUCCACAAUGGUCGUGUGCUGUCGAUAGUAGCCAACAAGAUGUCCCAAAGGGAGGAGCACCGAAGGAACUUCGAAGAUGGCCGGUUCUAUAAUCCAUUCCCCUAUGCCGGACCCAACUUCAACGAGCUAUGUCAUGUUGUGGACGAGGGCAAAGUGGUUACCAAGGACUUGACCGCUGAUCUGCGCUUUGCCGGAAUUGUCGCCAAGUUCGAGGAGUCUCACCGGGAAGAACACUUAAGAGAAACCCAUCGUCGUUUUGAUACCCGCAAAAUUCAAGAGCAAUUAGACAACAUCAAUGCCCAAGAAGUACAUUCUCAGCGUAAAUUCUGUGCGGACGUUAUAGAAAGCAUGCGCAAAUGGUCGAUCUGGAGUGGAGCCAAUGUUAAUGCUAAACAAAAUAUUUUUCAAAGCCCAGCCGAGGUGGACAGAUUUUUUAACAGGGCGAAACAUAUUAUGAGUGACUACAAUAUAAUAGCCGCAGAGGACCUUGUAAAUUUAGAAGGCUUUCAAGAAGAUUUCUUCAGAUAAAUUCAAAGUUAAACAGAUCUUUGUACACACAACAAAAGAACCCAAGAUUGUUUUGUACAAAAUAAAUUUAAUUUCUAUUGGUUUCACAA